GUUCCGAAUUCGGAUAAACAAAACCUAGUCGACUCAGUCCGGCGUCUGAAGAUGGCCGCCCAGGGCAAGUACUCGUGCGACACAGCCGCGCAAACCCUAGAAUGGAUUCACGCCAUUAUCGACUUCCUCAAGCCUUACAGCUUCUUCUUAGAUGCUCAUGUCGUCAAUUUCUUCAAGGAUAGACUGUGGGAAGCUGUAGAUAAGGAAUGGAUUGAUUGCUUACGAAGUGAAUCCGUGGAAAAUCUUAUUCAAAUUCCUUCUGGUGCUGUCCAGUCCAUUUGUUCCAAGUCCUGAUUUUCUUUCAGAUUACUGUCUUUUGGAUGUUCUCGAAGAAAAGGUAAUAUUUCUGGGCAAAACCACCUGCCCCCUAUAGAAAAAGAUGCAUGGAAAUGUACAAGUAAGACGAGCUGGGAGUAUGUGAAUGUUCUCCAAGAAAAGGAUUACUGGCCAUCUUCGCUCAAGAAUUUUGUCCUUACCUCAAGAUCUCUUGCGAUUCCUCGUGAACAGGCAGAUCUGCAGAAGGUUUUACCGGAUCUGCACUUGGGUUCACUUGAUAACGUUCUUACCCAAGGCAUGAAUCAGAAGAAAAAACACGAAGUCAAAGCUUUAGCUGCCAUUGUCAGUUCGAUUGCAAGGAGUGUUGGAGCUAGUACAGUAGUUGAUGUUGGUGCUGGUCAGGGUUAUCUGGCUCAAGUACUAUCCUUCCAGUGUCAGCUUUCUGUAAUUGCAAUAGAUUCUUGUUCUCAUCAUGGAAGGAUUACAGAUGCUCGUGCUGAGAGAAUCAAAAAACAUUAUGCUGCUAAGAUCUGUAAAUCUCGAUUGGAAGAUAAAAACUCGAGCAUGCUUAAGACAGUUACAUGCCGUAUACUGUCCACUGACAUGUUGAAAGCAUUGAAUUCCUCCUUACAGUCAAAAGAUGAUGUUGAGCAUUCAAAUGUGAUUGGACAAGUUGCAGGUGAAUUCUCCCAUGGACUUUCUGAGAGAAAUGGUCUUUCAUCAUCAUCAUCUUCUUCUCCCCCUUCUGAAGGCAGCAAAUCUCCAUUGCUUCUUGCUGGACUUCAUGCUUGUGGAGACCUCUCAGUGACAAUGCUGAGGACUUUUUUGGAGUGCAAUGAAGUUAAAGCAGUGGUCAGCAUUGGUUGUUGUUACAACUUGCUGUCUGAGGGAGGAGCUGAAAAUUUUGAUUCUCAUUGUGGUUUUCCCAUGAGUAAAGGUAUUAAACAAGCUGGUUUGUUACUUGGCAAAAGUUCCCGUGAUCUUGCCUGUCAGAGUGCAGAAAGAUGGAAAGGUUUGGGAAGAGAUGCCGGUCUUCAUAAUUUUGAGUUGCAUGCUUUCCGUGCUGCCUUUCAGAUGGUUCUUUAUCGAUAUUAUCCAGAAAUUUUGAUAAAUAGUCCUGCAAUAGGGCGUCAAGGAAAAGCUUUGCGUCGCCAACAGAAUCGAAGGAUUCUAGAAUCUUUUUUACAAAAUGAAAGCACAGACUCUCCUAAUUCCUUAUCUCGGAAUAACUGCAAGAAGAAAGGAAACUGUCUUACCAUGAAGUCUGUUAAAGCAGGAACAGACAAUAACAACGGGACGUACGAAAUAGAUAAUUGUGAUUCUACUCUUAAAUCUUGUGGCGGUGCUGAUUCUUUGGGCUCAUCCUGUGGCAGUGAUGGCUCGUUUUAUGGUUUUUUACCUAAUCAUACUGCUAAAUGUGAAGAGGCUAAACCUGCUGAUAAAUAUUCACUUUUUGAGAGAUUCUGCGAGUCUGGACUGCAUCGACUUGGUCUCUAUUAUUCAAAAGAAAUUGAUUUUUCUGGACUAUGGAAGGAAGCUGAACCUUUUGCUGAACUCAUAGGGCUUUAUUGGUCUCUUCGGGCUGCAUUGGGGCCUGUUUUGGAAACAAUUCUUCUGCUUGAUAGAUUGCUGUUCCUCCAGGAACAAGACAAUCCUCUGGAAGCAGUCAUGUUACCGAUAUUUGAUCCCACAUUAUCACCAAGGAAUGUAGCUUUAAUUGCUAAAAAAGUUUUGACACAAUCUUUAUUUGUGAAAAAUUACUGAAAUCUUGAUCUGAAACUCGAAUAGGAGCUAAACAUUACCACAGGAUUUGAUUUAAAAAUUCUGCAACUUGAAGGUGACACUGGUUCAGCAAUGUACUUGUUAGUUUUCCAUGUUAUAUGGUUCACAUGUGAUUUAAUUUUCUUUAAUGUGCAAGGUAAACUCAAUAGUUCUUACUGGUGCUAUUCCAUA